AUGGUUCAAGUUGUCUUGACUUCGAAUGCCUUUUCUGGAAACCUUCCAACAAAUAAUGGCAUUUUCCUUCCUAAUCUUGAAGUCCUCCAUUUGGAUGCCAAUCAACUAACUGGAAACAUCCCUUCAUCUCGUUGCAAUUCUUCUAAGCUCACUAAGCUAAUUCUAGCUGCCAACUUGUUUACUGGACCAGUACCAAAACAUUUAGGCGAUCUAAAACACCUAGAACUUUUGCAUUUAUCUCAAAAUCAACUGACAAAUGAACCAGGAAGUAUUGAACUUAGUUUUCUCACAGAUUUGACAAAUUGUACUUCCUUGGUGGAGUUGGUAGUGGGACAAAAUAAAUUGAGUGGCAUCCUACCCAAUUCUAUUGGAAAUCUUUCAAACUCUUUGGAAAUACUUUCUGUUUCUCGAAAUCCACUAAUUGGUACAAUUCCUAAAGAGAUUGGUUCUUUGAGGAAUGUGACUGUACUUGCAUUGGCUGGCAAUAAUCUGGAUGGAAACAUCCCCUCAACUCUUGGAGAUAUUAAAAGCUUGCAAAGGUUGUAUCUUGGCGGUAACAACUUUCAUGGAUCAAUUCCAAAUGAGAUUUGCCUUUUGACCAACUUAGGGGAACUUUAUGCAGAGGAAAAUAAGUUAUGUGGAUCGAUCCCAAGUUGCAUUGAAAAUCUUAGAGGUUUGCAGGUGAUGAAGCUUUCUCAUAAUAAAUUGACCUUCAUACCAUCGAGUUUAUGGAACCUUGAAACUUUAAGGGACUAG